AUAGACCAAUGUUGGAGGGUACUGAUGAAAGCAUUUGGGAUGGGAAAGUGGGUAUUUUUCCCUUCAAAUUUUAGGAAGGAGCAAAGAGGAGUAGUAAAAACAGGCUUGCAGGCACUUUAGUAACAAAGCCAAUUCCAAUUGUGAACAGAGAUGUGAUGAAGAGAAUGAUGCUAAAUGAGGUCAUACCUGCCGUUAAUGCCAAAUGGCCCGAGGCAAGGGCUAAGCGUGUCAUCAUACAACAAGACAAUGCCAAACCUCAUGUACACCCUGAUGAUCCAGACAUAGUCCAGAGUUGUCAAGAAGAUGGCUGGAACAUUUUUAUAAAGUUGCAAGACGAAUCUGGUCUUCAUCGUGAAUGGCUCAAAACAGUUGUGGUAGUCACUCUUUCACCUCCUAUAGUUGUGGUAGUGACAUCAUGGACUGAUAAGAAUUCCGGAAGAAGAUUAUGGACGUGUGGUGGAAAAGUAGUAAAGAACAAAAAACAGCACAAUGGCCAUUCACUGAGGCACAAAAAAACAGCAGCAAUUGCCUAAACAAAAUGGCAGAACAGUAGCAAGAGUAAUCAUUUACUGUCAAUAGUUUGGGAAAUAAAAUGGUACAUGUCAUCCCGUAAACAUAUCUACCUUGGCCCCAAGUGCCAUAACAAAAUGGUAGAACAUUUUUUUAACAAUACAUAGUCAUUCACAAUCAUUAAUAAACAUGUAAAACAUAUCCACUGCUGCAAUACUACUAGGCCUUUGGUGAUGCUUUUUUCUUUAUCUUAAUUUUCUUCAAUAGCCUUCCUUCCUCAUCUCUGCCUUGGCCACAAGUCCUGUGAUUAUGUCCCACUUGUUUGCAUUUGUUGCAACGCUUUGUCCCAUGAGGUAUCCUUUUAUGCUCCUUUGCAAUAGCAUCAUCAAGUCCAUCUCUUCUUCGAUGCUUCUUUGGUCAUCCUUUCUUUUUCAUGUUCUUGGGAGGGUCCAGUUUUGGAAGUUCACCCUGCCCCCACAUGCAUGGAUCUGGGAUAGGAUGUAUGAUUCCAUCAUAUAAGGCCCUGUAAUUACCUACUG